AAAAAAAAACCAGGAUCCCGGGAAACCGCACUUUGUGGACUUGAGGAAGUGAAUUUAGCCGGUUACAACAGCAUCCCCAGCAGCCUACGACGUGCCACAAUGGAGGCGUAGUUGGGGGUUCGGUGGAUACGAAAGCUGCGGCGCAAAAGGGAUGGCCCAACGAGAAACCCUCCGUGAACGCCAGGAAAAUGAGCUGGAAGUAAUUAAGUCUAUUUUUCACGAUGAAGUUGAAGAUCUUCGUCCCCGCGAAGGUAAAUGGAAACCACUCGAGCUGAAACUCAGCCUGACCCCACAGAAAGGAUCGGCGAAGGAGGCGUACGUGAAAGCUGAUCUACACAUCUCCUGCACAUCCAAGUAUCCCAAGAAUCCACCGAAGGUAGAACUGAAGAAUGCCGUUGGACUUCCGAAUAGUCUCGUACGUGAGCUGACCCAACAGCUACAGCAGCAAGCGGAAGAGCUGAAGGGCGAUGAGAUGAUCUUUCAGCUGGCCAGUACAGUCCAAACAUUUCUCCAUCAGCAUAAUGUCCCACCGAAGGGUAGCUUCUACGAUGAGAUGCUGGCCAGUCGACAGCAGCAAGCAUUGGCUCGCGAAACCGUACUCGAGGCAGAACAGAUCCAGAAACAGCAGGCAGUACGGGAAGAGCUGCAGCGACUUAAGAAGGAACUGCAACGCACGAGACGAGAAUCGCGCCACAGUGGCAACGAGACGAGCCCGAUGCAUCGAUUACACACAACCUCCUCGACGGAGAACAGUGAUGGUGUUUUCUGUCUCGAGCAUCGCCGGAGUGAGCUUCUGUAUCUGCGGGAUGGCCGCAAAGUGCUACGCGGUGCUUGUCUAGGGCACUCGCAGCGUGGAUGCAUCACGUUCCCCGGUGUCGAUCAACAAACCGGCGAGUUGGUCUAUCUGACCGAGUGGACCGUUUGUUACGAUGGUGAUGCGGAGAGCAAAACCAUCCACGGUCGUCCGGUCGAUACCGUCGUGGCCGACAUCGAGCGCUUGGUUGACGGAAUAACGUCCCUGAAGCACAAGAACGUGAUCGCGUACGAAGGUGUCAUAUGCCGGGUGGGUAAGGAAGCGUUGACGCUGAUCGUAGCCCAAGAAUUCAUCCUCGGAAUCAGUCUGUUCGGUAUAUCCGGUACGCUAGGCUGGAGCGUCGAGGGGGCCAGCAUGGUGGCUAAAGGGAUCCUCGAGGCAUUGAUCUACCUCCACAACAAUGGUGUAUCGCACGAUAAUCUCUCCGACUCGACCGUCUUUAUGGACAAUGGUGGCAUGGUGCGUGUUGCCGAUUUCCGCCUUAUACCCUACAUCCAGGAGCUAUGCGAUGCGCAGGCUCAAUCCUGCCGUAGUGCUGACCUGCCUGCACUAGGCUCACUUAUUGAAGCGCUCCUUGUGCCACACUCCGAGAUGAAGGAUUUCAUCGAACGCUGUAAAUCGGAACGGACGAUCUCUGCUACGGAUCUUCUCGAUCAUCCGUUCCUUCGGGCGAAUCUGCUGCUUCUUCAACACGAUCACCUAAAUGGUGCUGGUGCCGGUGGUGGAUUGGCUACCGGUGUGGCUGCAUUAACCACCAACGCUGGUGCAGUAACGUUUGCAGCUGGGAACGAUCAGGAUCAACCUCAGUUGCUCGCUCAACCACAGGGAGGUGGCACUCUGGCCCCGUACAUACCUCCGCUCAUGAGCACAUGCUCGGUAACGGGACUCGAGAAGUCGCGCAUCCAAACAGAAUUCGAAAUACUAUCCUACCUCGGCAAGGGAGCGUAUGGGGAUGUGCUGAAGGCCCGCAACAAACUCGACAAUCGCGAAUACGCCAUCAAACGCAUUCGCUUACCGGCACGCAGCAAACAAUUCUACAAAAAGAUGACUCGCGAGGUGGAGCUGCUGUCGCGGUUGAACCAUGAGAACGUGGUCCGGUAUUACAACAGUUGGGUUGAAGCGAUCAGUGCGAGCGAUACUAUGCAGACGAAGGCCCAGAUCGGCACCGGUGGACAAUGGAGCAGUUGUGACGGUUGGUCGAUCAGCAGCAGAGGACGGCGUGGAAGAUGCGCCGCCAAUACCACCGCUACCACCAAGGGUAGCAGUACCGUCGUGAAGAAGGAAUUGGUGGACAAGAACACCGAUUGGUUGGUGGAUUUCUUACCAAACGAUUCCAGCAGCGACGAUGAUGAAGAGGAAGAUGACGAUGAGGAUGAAGAGGACAGUGUUAGCAGCAAUAGCAGUAAGGAUGCCAGUAGCAGCGAUGAUGAUGGGAAUCGUAAGAAACCCAACACUAACACAUUCGAUGAGGACGACAGUUCCGGUGGAAUCGAGUUCGUUGGAUCGAACGGAGAGGUGGCUUCGUACAAUAACUUCAGCGAAGGAGGUGGAAUCGUCCUGAAUGCAUCGGCCAUCACACCAAGCCCGGAAAUACUGUACAUGUACAUUCAAAUGGAGUUCUGCGAGAAGAGCACUCUCAGGACGGCGAUCGACGGAGGACUGUUUCAGGAUGUCGAUCGCGUAUGGCGUCUGUUUCGCGAGAUCGUUGAAGGUUUGAGUCACAUUCAUCAGCAAGGCAUGAUCCAUCGGGACCUGAAGCCAGUUAACAUUUUCCUCGAUUCCCGGGAUCAGGUAAAGAUAGGAGACUUUGGACUAGCCACGACCAGCAUUCUGGCACUGCAGAAUCAGGGUGCACUACACAGCGCAGCGAAUGGUCACCAUUUGGCUAGUGCAGCCGGUGGCAAACUGUCUGAAACGAUGGGCAACUGUUCGAUGACGGGCAAGGUUGGUACCGCGCUGUACGUAGCGCCGGAGCUGACGGGAAAUGCGUCCCGAUCGACCUAUAACCAGAAGGUGGACUUGUACUCCCUCGGUAUCAUUCUGUUCGAGAUGAGCUGCACACCACUGAGCACGGGCAUGGAGCGUGUAAAGACGCUGAUGGAACUACGAUCCGAUGAGGUACGCCUACCCUCUUGUAUGAUCUCCGAUACACGCUACGCUCGUCAGGUGCAGGUCAUCCGCUGGCUGCUGAACCACGAUCCCAAUAAGCGACCAUCGGCCGAAGAGCUGCUCUCCUCCGAACUGGUACCCCGUACGAGACUCGAGGCCGAAGAGAUACAGGAUGUGGUGCGACACAUUCUAUCCAACCCACAGUCGCGUCACUACAAGCAUCUCAUUGCACGCUGCUUUGGCCAGGAAAGUGACACAAUCUGUGAGCUUAGCUACCAUUUUGAUAUGGUACCGAUGGUGCCGAGUUUAUCACGGUUCGACUACGUAAAGGCUCGCCUUAUUGCGCUCUUUCGGAAACAUGGUGCGAUCGAGGUCGUAACGCCUCUGCUUACGCCCUUUACUAAGCAUCAGGCUCGUUCUAAUACGGUCCGCUUGAUGACACACUCCGGCAGCAUCGUUACAUUGCCCGAGGAUCUACGGAUACCGUUUCUACGCCAUGUUGCACUGAACGGCAUACGGUAUAUACGUCGCUACUCGAUCGGUCGCGUGUACCGUGAAAAGAAGGUGUUCAACUUUCAUCCAAAACAGGUCCACGAGUGUGCAUUCGAUAUCGUCACUCCAACUACAGGACAACUUAUCACAGAUGCGGAAUUACUUGCCAUAGCGAGCGAUGUGCUGCGCGAGCUCAAUCUGCUGCAGAAUCGAAACGUAUUCUUCCGCAUCAACCACACGGGGCUGCUGAGAGCACUGCUGCUACACUGUUGCGUCCCGGAGGACAAGUACCGUGAGCUGUUCGAACUUGUGUACGAGUUUCUAGAGGAUAAGAUCUCCAAGUUCCAACUGUACUCUCUGAUCAAUGCUCACAUCGGUGGUGGUACCGGCUCCAAAGCGGUGAACGUUAGCUAUCUUUGCGAGGCGUUGCAGCUCGAGAUGCCGGUUGGUCAGCUGGGAGGCACUCUGCUGAAGACCAUUAUCCGAGGCAAAACCGAGCACGCCACAUUAGCCAAGGUGGCUGUGCGUGAGCUAGAGCUAGUGAUAACACUGGCACAGAACAUGGGCGUACAGUGCGCGAUGAACGUGUGUCCCGCACUGCCGGUGAACUAUGAGGGUGCCAAGCGAGGCGGAAUCGUGUGGCAGCUGCUGGCAGAAUUGAAACCGAAGCGUAAGAACCCACUCACCACGAUCGCCGUCGGUGGACGGUACGAUUCCAAGCUGGACGAAUUCCAAAAAUCUGGUCUGAACAAUGGACUACCGGUUCCGAAAGUGGAUCUACAUGGAGCAGGGUUCUCAUUUCUGUUCGAUAAGCUGGUCAACGCAAUCGCACCCAGCUCUGGUUAUGAACCGAUCGAAGUGAUGAUCUGCGUCACCGGUAGCCGACCACAGCUGAAAGAAGUGGCCACCAUUCUGCGACCGCUCUGGUCGAAUGGUAUUAAAACGGGAGUCAUCGAAUCAUCGUCGACUGCCGGUGGUAGCGCGGUGGAUGAUCUGGGGAAGGAAGCAGGUGCCAAGAUCGUCGUACUGAUCGGUGACGGUGGUGAGCUACGAGUCCGUUCCUGGGAUCAUGAUCGCUUCCAAGAGCGACACGUCACACGACCCGAUUUGAUCGCUUACAUUUUGAAAACCUUCCGCUCCGAGGGCACGACCAGCGAUGGCUACACUUCUCAGGCAGCACUACUCAGCACCGGUUCGGUAAGCGGAUCGGGAUCAUCAUCCGGAGUCUCCGCGACACUGUUCUCAACCUUUACUAACCAAUCAAACUCCAUGAGCGUCGGUCAAUCUCAAUCUAUUAACGGUGCCCCGCCCCUAGAUCUCGUGUUUCUCACGAGCGAAAAAGUGAACACUAGCAAAAAGCGCCGCUACGAGCACCAGGUGGAACACAAGCUGUCUCCAGUGUUGUGCAAAUUCCACCGGAAGGAAAAGGUAACGCUUAUCAUGGUGGAUCUACCGAAUCUGCCACUGCGAGGGCUGGUAGGGUUGAUUGAUCCGCUCGAAUGUGGCACACAAGGGGACGAUGAUUCUGCACCUGACAGCUUGGCCACCGAUAGAGCUGAACUGCAGACACUCUGCGAACGGUAUCCGAAGUACAAGCGGCAGUUGAUGGAGCUCUACAACGAGAUCGUGGACAUGUUCGUGCAAAGCAAAGGCCGUACACCGAUUGUCGGUGUGUACAGUGUAAUCGACACGUUCUGUCGCUUGAUUUUAUAAUAAGUGGUGGAUCAACUAUCCAUCCAUCCUGUCACUAGUAGUAGUUAAUGUGUAAAUGCCGUGCUUAUUUAUAUAAAAGCUAGUUUUAAACAGAUCAAGCCAAGAAAGAGAAUCCAUGUUUUACCU